GGUCCAUCUGCCGUCAGCGCAGGGCGCAGUCAGGCUGCAGGUAUUUGCAGCCGGAUCAGACCGCAGACAACAGAGCGGAGCCGCGGAGGAGUAAAUGUUUUACUGUAUCCGCGCCGUCAGGAGCGACUGCGCUUCCUCUGCACUGGCGCAGUGUGGCUGGAUAUUAUUAUAGACACGCCUGACGGCGGAGACGCUCCGGCUCCGUUAAACUUUAUUCUUCGCCUCUCCUCCUCUCAAACUUAAAAUAGCCACCGUGUGGAGCUGAUCGAUGCCAGCAGCGAGCAGAGCGGGUUCGUCGCCAGUAAGUGCUCAGAGCGGGCUGUGCGCCGCGGAGCGGUGCGCGCCUCUGCCGGCUUUUACGCGCAAAGGCGAAAGAGUGAUCGGGCGACACCGGGAAGCCAGGACGGGGAAUGGGAAUUACAAACGGAGCUGGGAUUAAGGGACGUAGAAUUGUAAACGACAAUGCUUUGAUGAUCGACUGCUACUCGUAGACGGUCAAGCCCAUAAAGAAGAGGGUCGGACGAGGAUGGUUCCAGGGCCUCAGGCAGCACAGGGGCAUGAAGGUGGAAUCCUGACCUCAGGUGGUUCCUCUGCGUCGUGAACCUCACCUCACCUCAUUCACUGUCGUCUGUGUGCCCGUGUGAGAGUGAUAAAGGCGGAGGCUGUGGUUGCGGUGGGAGUCCAUAAGUGAACCUAUGGCAGAGAGACAGCUCAGUAAAGGUUCCUAUGUAUGACUCCACCAUGGACCACAUCAUCUGCUGCCUGCUGGUCCUGGGAGCCACAGCAAUGAUGGCCCGCGCAUGUCCCAAGUACUGUGCGUGCCAGAACCUGUCUGAGUCCCUGGGGACGCUGUGUCCAUCCAAAGGCCUUCUCUUCGUGCCACCCGACAUCGACCGCAGCACGGUGGAGCUCCGGCUGGGGGGGAACUUCAUCCUCCGCAUCACGCAGCAGGACUUUGCCAACAUGACCGACUUGGUGGACUUGACUCUGUCCAGAAACACCAUCGGCUACAUUCAGCCCUUCUCCUUUGGUGACCUGGAAACACUGCGCUCUCUCCACUUGGACAACAACCGCCUAACGGAGCUGGGGCCUGAUGAUCUGAGAGGGUUGAUCAAUCUGCAGCACCUCAUUGUUAACAACAACCAAAUGGGACGCAUCCAUGACAAGGCCUUUGAAGACCUGGCUCCUGCCUUGGAGGACCUAGAUCUGUCCUACAACAACUUGGUGUCUCUGCCCUGGGACUCAGUUCGCCAGAUGGUUAAUCUGCACCAGCUGAGUCUGGACCACAACCUGCUGGGCUUUAUUCCAGAGGGGACCUUCACAGACCUGGAGAGGUUGGCCAGACUGGACUUGACCUCUAAUCGAUUGCAAAAGCUACCGCCAGACCCGGUGUUUGCCCGCGCCCAGGACUCGAUGGUGCCGACCACCCCCUUCGCCCCCCAGCUCUCCCUCAGUUUGGGUGGGAACCCUCUGCACUGCAACUGCGAAAUGCUGUGGCUGCGCAGGCUCGAGAGAGAUGACGAGCUGGAGACCUGCGCGUCCCCUCCUGCUCUGAAAGGCCGUUACUUCUGGAACGUAAAGGAGGAGGAGUUUAUAUGUCAGCCGCCUCUCAUCACGCAGCAUACUCACAGGAUGCUGGUUUUGGAGGGCCAGACGGCCAGCCUUAGGUGUGAAGCUACUGGAGACCCUCUUCCCACUAUUCACUGGAUCUCCCCAGAUGAUCGUCUCCUUGGCAACACCUCCCGCACUGCAUUGUACAGCAAUGGAACCCUGAGCAUCACCAUCACCACCUCCAAGGACUACGGCACCUUCACCUGCAUUGCUGCUAACGUUGCAGGGGAGUCCACAGCCUCUGUGGAGGUGUCCAUUGUGCAGCUUCCCCACAUCAGCAACGGGACUGGUCAACCAUCGCAGCCCAAGUCACGUCUUUCAGACAUCACAGGUGCCACCAGGGUCAACAAGGGGACCCCCAAGACCCAGCCAGAGAAGACCGUUACGGUGUCAGAGGUGACGUCCGUGUCAGCCUGGGUCAGGUGGACGGUCAACAAGGCAGCGCCGAAGGUGAAGAUGUACCAGCUCCAGUACAACUGCUCUGAUGAUGAGGUUCUGAUCUACAGGAUGAUCCCGGCCUCCAGCAAAGCUUUCCUGGUGACCAACCUGGUGUCCGGGACCCGUUACGACCUGUGUGUGCUGGCCGCCUGGGACGACACCGCCACCACGCUGACGGCCACCAAUGUCGUGGGCUGCACGCAUUUCUUCACGCAGGACGACUACCCUCAGUGUCAGUCUCUGCCCAGCCAGCUGCUGGGGGGCACCAUGAUUCUGGUGGUCGGGGGCAUCAUCGUGGCCACUCUGCUCGUGUUUAUUGUCAUCCUCAUGGUUCGCUACAAAGCGGCGGAUAAUGAAGCUCCCUUGGGGAAGCUGACCAGCGUCAGUGACACGCACUCUCAGACCAACGGUGGGCGACUGGGGCAGAAUGGACUUCUCAUGCCCCAGUCUCAGCCUCAACCUCCGCUGCAGCCUGAGUCCAAGGUCAAGGCCAAAGUGACUCUGCAGGAUGAAGUGGUGGAGUUCAAGUGUGGUUCCCUCCAAAGCAGCCUCACCUCUUCUUCCUCUUCUUCAGGCUCGGGUGAGGUCUCGUACAGCCCCAACAGCACACUAGCCAGCAUUUGGAGGUCAGCCCAGUCCAAACCCCGGGCCAACCUAGACCAUCUCCUUGGGGCGUUCACCUCAUUGGAGCUACGAGGAGCGCAUGGCGCCCGAGACCCAGCACCCUCUAGCAGCAGUGCGACAGCAGCAGCCAAGCCCCACACCGACAAGGAGCCGCUGCUGGGCCGGACGCUGGACUCCAGCCUCAGCCGGCUCCUCAUGCUGCCUCUGGACUCCAAGCCAAGGCGGAGCCAGUCCUUCGACAUGGGAGACGUGACGGGCGGCGGUGCCACGCAGCUGUGCAACAAAACGCGUCGGAUCAGCAGCAUCUGGACUAAGAGGAGCCUCUCUGUGAACGGUAUGCUGCUGCAGUGUGAGGAGGAGGGCGACUCAGGAGGAAGCAAGGGAACCAUAGACAGCGCAGACUGGGUGAUGGAGAGUACUGUUUAGGGAGGAGGGUCCAGCUAGCUAGGUCAAGGAGCAGGUGUUCUGCAUGCAACACGUCCAUCUCCAUCCCAGACUCACUCAAGAGACUGGUCACCCAGACCUGAGGGAUGAGACCGCGGGUGUGCUUUGCCUCCCUCUUUGUAUAGAGGCGGAUCAGAACAGAUGAAGGGGUGCAACAGAGUGACAGGUCACAGGUUCUGUUCGCUUCACUCUGCUGGUCACAAACACGCCUCUGUUUGAGGACCAGAGGCUCCACAUCAAGUCGUUUACUGUAAAAUGAGCUCUGCUUUAUUCCACUAUUUCACAGUUUGUCCACUGACUGAGUGGUGCAGUGUGUAUAUAUAUAUAUAUGUAUAUGCUGUAUACAUACAUAUACAGUAUAUAUACAAUAUAAAAUGAUUUAAGAUUUUAAGAAGAUUUAUUCACAGGCUUGAAUACAUUACAUACAAUCGUGAAUACAUUUACUUUCUAUACAGAGUAUAUAUUAUAUAUUUGAGGGGUCCCUCCAUGAUUCUUUGACAUGUGACUGCAUAAAGUAGGUUUCCAUCGUCUCCUAAACUAUGGCUGUACUGUAUGUGAGGACUCAGUUAGCUUAAAUAAUGCCAAAUUACUGAGGAGGAAACUGGUGCAAUAGGUAAAACGUUAAAGACAAUGAAGCCUGUUUAGUUCGUACAUGUAGGAUUAGUUUGGUUAAGUAGCACAAUAAAUGUUUAGGUUUAAUUUAAAGUUAUUUUUAUACGAACACAUCUUUUGUUACGGAUCCAACGUUUGUUAUCUGGUUGCUGCAUCAUGAUAGUGAUGAAGCCAACGGGACCAGGACGGCUGAGCAUGUGUCCCGCGGUCCGGUCCACUUGAUCCACUGGCCUCAGGCAGCAGCACCAGCUGAACCUGCACGACGGCUCUAGCCGGAGUCACUCACCACUACAGGGGGCGACUCCACAAAAUCAAACUUAGGUGUAAGAAAUAAGACACUUUGAGGAAGAGCAAUUUUUUGGAAAUGUACAUGUUAUUUUGCCUAUCAGCUACUGUACAUGUAUUUGCCCUUUAGUUUGAGGUCUCGGCUGUGUUUGCUAACAAUAACCCAGCCUUUUAAAUGACUAACCUUGCAUCAGGAGGCGCUUCUGAACUUUUAAACCGCUGUAAAAACCCAGUUUUUUAUAUUCUGAAACUUAAAGCUGAUAGAAAUGUCCCAUUCCAAACACAUUUGGCUCGUUCUGGAUCAGUCUCUAAUGGUUGACGUCACUCACUCUGUUCUUCUCAGGCUCCGGCCUUGUGUUUAUAGGGUCUGACCCACGGGAGCCGUGGGUCCAGUCACUACUUGUGUUGUUUGAAUGACCUUCGUGGUGGUUCUGAUAUGUCUGCGUGUACAGUGUCUCUGUAUAUUGGACUUUUGUACCAUAAUCUGGUUGAAAUGUGUCACAGUUGUUGUUCAAGUGCAACUGUGCAGUUUUUACCUGGAGCUGUAAAAGACUUUUGUGUGGUCACUUUUGUUGUUUUUGCUACUAAGAUAAAAACAAAAAAAUGUU